GCUCCCCCUCAUCACUUUCAGCUACACUCUGUUUUUUGAUUCACCAAAAAUCACAUAACCAAACCAAAGUUAUGGCAUACAUGGUCUUCUUAUGCUCUCUCACUAUUGUCUCCCUCCUUUCGUCUCCGAAGACGAUAAUUGAAGCAAAAGUUCCAGCGGUCAUCGUCUUCGGUGACUCAUCGGUCGAUGCUGGAAAUAACAACUUCAUUCCCACCAUUGCAAGAAGCAAUUUCUUGCCAUAUGGUCGGGAUUUUGCCGGUGGGAAGGCGACGGGGAGAUUUUCCAAUGGGAGAAUUCCGACGGAUUUCAUUUCUGAGGCAUUUGGGUUGAAGUCAACUAUUCCAGCUUACUUGGAUCCUACCUAUAACAUCUCGGAUUUGGCCACUGGAGUCACUUUUGCUUCUGCUGGAACUGGCUAUGACAAUGCCACUUCGGACGUUUUGUCAGUGAUACCAUUAUGGAAGCAACUCGAAUACUACAAGGAGUAUCAAGCAAAGUUGAUAGCAUAUGAAGGCUCAUCCACAGCAAACGAAACAAUAAAAGAAGCUCUAUAUGUUAUGAGCUUAGGAACCAAUGACUUUUUGGAGAAUUACUACACAAUGCCAGGCCGUUCAUCACAAUACAACAUCCAACAAUACCAAGACUUUCUCGUCGGGAUCGCGGGCGGGUUUAUCGAGAAGCUCCACAGCCUCGGCGCUCGGAAAAUCUCCCUUGGUGGACUACCGCCGAUGGGGUGCUUGCCAUUGGAAAGAACAAGAAACCUUUUUGGAGGCAAUGACUGUUUGGAGAGUUACAACAAUCUUGCCAUGGAUUUCAACAACAAACUCAAGGCUUUGACUGUGAAACUUAACAAGGACCUUCCCGAUGUCGAGUUGGUGUUUUCAAAUCCCUACUACAUUCUCUUGAGCAUGAUCAAAAAGCCUUCUCUCUACGGGUUUGAUGUGACAUCAACGGCAUGCUGUGCUACGGGGAUGUUUGAAAUGGGAUAUGCUUGCAAUCGGAACAGCAUGUUUACUUGCACAGAUGCAAACAAGUACAUUUUUUGGGACUCAUUUCAUCCAACUCAAAGAACCAACCAACUCGUCUCUAAUUAUGUGGUCAAAAAUGUACUUUCCCAGUUUCUUUGAUUCUAUAAUUUUGGAGGUUUUGAAACUUGUAUUAGAAAACAUGGUUGUUUUCAAACUUGUUUACACAAUAGGAUGCUUUUGGAAGGGUAGAAAAUUGUCUUUUUACUAGUCGUAUUUGAUCAAAUACGUCUUUUGGAGAGAGAUUUUUAUAUCCUUGGACAAAACAAUUCUAUUGUUUGAAUAAGGUUCAAAACACUAUUCUUGUUUUGAUCAAUUUCAAAAUCUACGGUGUUUUACCAAAAAUAUAAUCGCCCCAUCUAGCAUAGCAUAGUAGUAUAGACUUUCCCUUCUAGCUUAAUUCUAUGUAUCAAAUAGUAUAAGUUUGUACUAUAUAUUAUAUAUAUUCAUAUAAGUUAAAUAUAUAUACGUAUUAUAUAAAAGAAGCCUAGUUUAACUAGCUUAGAAGCUAGCUCAAGAGCUUGAUUGGAUUUGUUUAUCCUUCGCCCAUUGGGCUUAAGAAUUUUGAUAUACUAGUAAAUCCCAAGCUUUGUUAUUUGUGAAAUUGAUGUGUGGGUUUAUUGCUUCA